CUCUUGGGAAAUCAGAACAUUACCGAACAACAACGUGGCAACAACUACGCAAAUAUCUGAUCGAAAAUUAAAAUCAAAACAAAGUUUCCAGUAUGUCUUUCAAAACACAAGAAUACAAGUUUGACUGCAGCCAAAUGAUGCAGCACAAAUCCGGUCAACAUACAAUGGCCAUGCGGAGUCUGAAAAAACUUGUCAAACCACUGCUGAGGCUGGUUAAAAAAAAAGAGCUCUUGCGGAAGACUCUGGCAGAGGUGCAGACCCAAAAUAAUAUCAAUGCAUCGUUGGAGGACAUGCGCAAAGAUCCCGCGGCCAGUUGUGACAACAUGGCCAAUGAGCAAUUGGAACAGCGUCUGUACAACGAACUUCGCCAGUGUUCGAGCAACAUGGCAAUGAUCGUGCGGCAAGGUCAGCAGCAACAAGUCGUGCCCAUUCACCCAGAGCACACCUUCAUCCCAGUCCACUUUGCCCGCACUACCAGUGGUACUUUCUUCUGGACCACGGCCCACCAACAAGAACAGAAGCUACGUCAGCAAUACGAUCGUUGGGUCCAGGCCUAAAAUGGACAGCAAACUCACCCUAUACCUACAAAAUUUUAGUGCUAUCAGCUUUAAUUGCAAUUAUCUCUUCACACGGAAGGAUCUACAAUUUGCAUCAACGCAAUCUCAGGGUGAUAUUAGGAUAUUUGCUUUUUUUUUUAUAUAUACAUACAUAUAUAUGCGUAAAGAUAAAAAUGGCGUCCUUUUUGUACGAACCUUAGUCUUAAGAAAAAUCAUUGUCUUCCAUGUUUGUUUGUUAGGGU